AUGGCCCCCAGUGCGGUGGCAGUGGAAACCGUCACAACUGACUCGCCUACCUAUACACCUGCAGGUGAAUACCGGGGCCCAUCCAAAGUCCAAUUCGACCCCAAGAUUCAUCUCAACUACAUUCCUCCCAAGAGAUCAUAUACAUACUCAGAUCUGGGCAUACCCGCCAAGGGAACAAGCGACCUCGCCACCACCGAACCAUUUCAGCUGGCCACAGACGCCGCUGUUCUUGAACUCCGCCGUGAGCUUCUACAGCCCAACACUCUUAAACGGCGCAUUCACUGGUGGCCACGCUCACCGGCAUGUCUACGUGGCUUCACCAAGGAAGAAGCACCAUUUACACAUGCCUUCUGGACGUCUCCCGAAGUCAUCAAGAUCAUGAGCGAUCUGGCCACGAUCGACCUCGAAGUCUCCCUACCAUAUGAGAUCGGCCAUACGAACGUGCAAUUGGGUUAUGGUGGUCGCGGGGCGCUCAAGGACCUCAGCCUCGAACCCGUUCCGGUUCCCGCUGGCUGGGAGGAAAAGGAAGGCGAAUACGACAACGUCCCUGUCGACAACUGGCACACCGACUCGUUCCCCUACAGCUGCGUCAUGAUGCUCAGCAACACAUCCAAGAUGAUCGGAGGCGAGACCGCUCUUCAGUUACCGGACGGCACGGUCAAAAAACUACGCGGCACAACGCUAGGCUCCGCAAUCCUCAUCCAAGGCCGACAUAUACGCCAUGCCGCCCUGCGUGCCACCGGGACCGGCGAGCGUAUCACGCAGGUCUGCCCCUACCGUGCAGCGCAUCCGAUGCUGCGUGACGAGACAGAAAUCACCAAUUCGCUACAACUCAGCUACUUGAAUGAGCUGUAUGGACAAUUUGCAUUGGAGAGAUUUCGCGUCCUGAAGAGGAAGAGCGAAUACAUGAUUGAGACGCUUGAGAAAGCUAAGAAAGAGGCGUUGGAAAGGGAACCGGAGAAUUAUAAUGCGGUGUUCAUGGAUAGAGACGAGACGAAGAAAAUGAUGAAGGAGAUGAUUUGGUAUCUUCAGGUGGGCAUCGGGCAGUUGGGCUUCGAUAAGGAGAAUGGUGAGAAAAUUGGGGAGUAG